UAAUAACAUUUUGUUUAUCCUGAGGACCGAAAGUAAAUGAAAAUGUGAACAAACCUUAGCUGUAAUAAGAUGGCGACCACCAGCUCCAGGGACGACCCGCUGAUGUAGGCAUGUUACCCAGCCUGACAGAAAAUAUUUGUAGGCAUCCAAACUCUUAUACGCUUUCAGAUCAAUACCUGUGUAUGGCGAUGGGUUUUUAACGACAUAGGUACACAGAUCAUGUGGGCCGAAGUCAGGUAAAGACGAGGGCUUCGUGUACUUCUGUACGUCAGUGAACAAUCCUGGUGGAAGCAGGUAAACGUCGUUCUCUAAGCCUGCUAACCUCAAUUUUUGCAAAUACAUCUCCCUCUGCUCGCCCUGUAAAUGCCCUACGUCGCUGGAUAGUGAAGGUGUUUUCUGCAUCUCGCUCCUUUUUCUUUUAUGUUUUUCGUUUGUCACCUUCCUCGCAUUCAAACUGAUUCGAGCUGUGACAUCCAAAAUGGCAGCCUAACGAUGCAUCACAUGACUUGGUCACGUGGGUGAAAAACCUCAAUUCUACCAAUUUGUAUGGAGUUGUCUGGUUUGUUCAGCAAAACUCUGUACUUACAUUAAAACUCUGCCUGUGUCUGUGGUUUUGCUAUAAAGGAAUAAAAAAAGGACUGGAGCAGUAACACAGUAAUAAAGCUUUAUGGGUCAUGAAAUUGGAUAUACAAAUGAUACAAUUAUGUCUCUCUCUCUCUCCCUUAGAGCAAUGGAGGAAAACAUCUCUUAUCCCUACGAUGGCUACGAUGAUAACAGCACAGGCAACUGCAGUUCUUGCAUUGAAAUGUGUGAGCCGGAUAACAGGCAGGAGUUGACCAUCAUGAUUAUCCAGGUUGCGAUCUUCUGCAUUGCCUUCAUUCUUGGUACAAUUGGGAAUAGUUUGGUGAUUGCGACAUUCAUCAAGUAUCGGUGCUUCCGUCUGCGCUGCAUGACUGAUGUCUUCCUGUUCUAUCUUGCGAUUUCUGACCUGCUACUGCUGCUGAGUUUACCACUGGAGACCGGCGAAACCAUUAUUGGCUCUUGGUCGUUUGGAAACGGGCUGUGCAAGCUAAACCAUGUCCUCUGUGCCAUCAACACUUACAGUGGCUUGCUGUUGCUCGCGUGCAUCAGCAUAGAUCGCUACCUGCUUGUAGUACGAGCCAGGGCUGCUCAGGUGCUACGUUCAAGUAUGCUAUGCUACAGUAAGUUGUCUGCGAUUGCUGUGGCAGUGACCUCCAUCAUCCUUAGCCUGCCAGAGGUCCUGACCACCUCUGUGAAUCCAAAUACAUUAAGGUGUGAAUAUGUAGGGAAAGCGGACGACAAAGUGAGGUUCAAGCUCUGGGCACGUGCUGCAAAAAUUACAGGUUUCUGCGUGCCAUGCAUUGCCAUGCUGGUGUGUUACAGCAUCAUCGGCCACGUGUUGAUGCAAGGUCGGGGAAAAUGCUUUCGCAGACAGAAGACACUGCAACUCAUAGUAGCGCUGAUACUGCUCUUCCUGCUGUUCCAACUGCCGUAUGCAAUUGUGUUGUCUAUCCGAUUGUUCAUACCUGUAUCUGAUUAUUCCUGCAAAAUGUGGUUUGACAUUCACCUGGCUGAGGAUGUCACCCGCAGUCUUGCUUAUGUCCGUUGCUGCCUCAACCCCCUGCUCUAUGCCCUUGUGGGAGUACGAUUCCGGAGAGAUGUGAUGAGGUUUAUUCAUUAUUGUGGUUGCCGUUGUCAUUGUCUGGCAAAUGUGACACCAAAUCUGGACUUUGGAAGCUCAAUUACUCCCUCAUCCCCUCCUCCUACCGGUACUUCUACUUUCAUGCCCAUUUCUGAUGUUUAUUCACCUAAAAUCUUACCUGAUACCACCAAGUUCGAAAAUCCUGCAGUUAUACCACAGGCUGGAGUCAAAGAAUCAUAUCCACCUCAGAUAUUCUUCUCUUCUGCUUUCCCAAACUUACAAAAACCUGGGGACAUUGUUAUUUCAACCUAUACCUGCCAGUGAACUCUUCUUUUUCACUAUAAACAACUUUUUUUUGCAUAGGAUAUGUAAAUAAUAAAACUUAUUGAGCAUAUGCUCUUUUAGACAAACAAUCAGCAAUAGUGUUAAGGUUGCUAGCCUGAAAUGUUUUAUACCACAGCAAUGUAUCAAUAUUCGCAAGACAAGUUAAUUCCGAUAAAAUUUAAUUGUUAUAAUAUAUUAGAACAGCUGUGCACAAUCAAUCCCUCAUCAGCUUGCCAUGUUACCAAGAAACCUGAAAGUCCUCUGUCCUGAAGACUGUCGAUUGACUGCUUUAGGACUCCUUCCAUAAAUGGUAAAUGUCACCUGAUAGAAAACAUCCAAGUCCACGAGUAAGUUGUUCCUGGAGAAAGAAUAAGCACAAUAAUAUAAACUUGGGAUACACCUUGUAGCUGGAACUACUGUCAGAGUUGCUCUUACAGGAAAUGAAUCAACACCUUCUGACCAAUCAGAUUUGACUCAACUGUGACUGUGGUUUAAAAAAAAAAAUUUUUUUUUGUGAGAUUGUGUUUCUGUUUCUUCAACUGGCAAUGAACUGUAUUUGUAAUAAGAACUAGUUAUUUGUUAUACAUUUCAGUCUUACCUCUAAUAUUUAAUGCAACUUUUUACAUUUUUUAUUCAUCUUUUUAAAUCUUGACCAGAUGUACACUACCGUUCAAAAGUUUGGGGUCACCCAGACAAUUUUGUGUUUUCCAUGAAAAGUCACACUUUUAUUUACCACCAUAAGUUGUAAAAUGAAUAGAAAAUAUAGUCAAGACAUUUUUCUGGCCAUUUUGAGCAUUUAAUCGACCCCACAAAUGUGAUGCUCCAGAAACUCAAUCUGCUCAAAGGAAGGUCAGUUUUAUAGCUUCUCUAAAGAGCUAAACUGUUUUCAGCUGUGCUAACAUUUUUACAUUUUUUAGGGUUUUCUAAUCAUCCAUUAGCCUUCUGAGGCAAUGAGCAAACACAUUGUACCAUUAGAACACUGGAGUGAUAGUUGCUGGAAAUGGGCCUCUAUACACCUAUGGAGAUAUUGCACCAAAAACCAGACAUUUGCAGCUAGAAUAGUCAUUUACCACAUUAGCAAUGUAUAGAGUGGAUUUCUGAUUAGUUUAAAGUGAUCUUCAUUGAAAAGAACAGUGCUUUUCUUUCAAAAAUAAGGACAUUUCAAAGUGACCCCAAACUUUUGAACGGUAGUGUACUCCUGCUAUUAAUUAUUAACAUCAUAAUUCAGAGCAACUGUUAAAUGCGCUUCUUGUAAAUGCUUCUGGAAUGAGUUGUAAUUUUGAAUGAAUUUAAAACCAUUAAACACACAUGCUACACAAA